AUGAAAGCAACAAUUCUCGUGGCCGCGUUUAUGGCAUGCUGGACCAAUGUCUACGCAGAAGACUGCCCCCCCUGCACGAAGUUUGACCCCAGCGCUCCGAACAGCCCCUGCGGCGAAAUGCAAUUUGGAGGAGUCGGCUGCCAGUGCUGGGAACUGGGUCGAGACAAACAUACUUACCGCUUAUUUGCGCACAAGGACGGCACCAAGGUCGAAAUCGAUGAAAAUAAUAGAAUCCAUAUGUGGUGCAACGAUAAGGCUUGCAUACGCAAAGAUUAUUGCAAGAUUGAACCCUAUUGGCGCGACCUUGCUGACUGGGUGCACGACGGAUCCUACGAGUUACCAGCGGGCAACGGUUGCUGCCAACUUCCUGCGCAUUACAUUCAGCACGCCACAAUGUACAAGAUGCCAUAUUAG